UGUGGAAUGAAAUUGAUAGAAAAUUUGUUUUUGGAAAUAAACAUAAAGAAAGACAAGUAUAACUUAGUUUGCUACUGUGCAAGUAUACAUUAAAAGUGCAAGAACUGUUUUUUCUAUUGUAUAUAACUGCUUGAUAUACGCGUGACGAAUGCUCCAGGUCGAGUUCUUGUCCACAAAUUACCGGAAUUAUUUCGCUGAAUUUCUUUUUAUAUAAUAGAACUACAUUUUUGCAGCAGCAUAAUCAAAUGGUUGUGUGACAGGUUGCUAACGGGUCAAAAAUCGUCCCGGAGAUCGUCGAACAAAACGGAAUUCGCAUCCGUUUGACGAUACAAUUACCAAACGGAUCGGUCCCUUCGUAAUGCAACCAGCUGCUCCAACAUUAUCAACACAAGCCGAUAUUGCUAAAACCAUGCAGCCUCAAAAUAUGUAUGUGUCAUCUGGAAACAACAGUUCUGGAAACAACCGUUCAAAUCAACAAAGUGGAAUUUUCCGUGGACCGCCGCCUACGUCAAAUACGCCGCGCGGUGCCGGCGCAGGGGGAGCCCGCCACGUACACAUGCCAACGAUGUAUCCAAACAUGGUGUUGCAACAGUACCCACAAUUUCCACAGCGACAACCAACUUAUCAAACGCCUCAUAUACAAUAUGCGCCUGCUCCCAUUUCCUACUAUCCCUAUCAAUAUCUUCCUCAGCUUCAGCAACAGCCGCCCCAUUCGCGCAGCGGUGUUGGCGUUAAUACUAGCGUUAACAUUGGCAACACGAUGCCCGGCCCCAACGGACCGCUGGCUGGUCCAGGGGCUUCUCCCUCCCAAUUGCAGUUGCUAACCGGUGCCGUACAGCCGGGCGGUAACACAGUUAUCGGUGUCAGUGGCACCGGGAGCGGGCAAGUGGGUGUGGGUGUUCCGCCAAUGGUCAGCGUUAUGCCAGCAAACGUGGCGCCACAGCCGGUUCAGGUGCCGACAACGAGUAGACGUCGACAUCAGCACCGUUUACAGAUCAUCGAUCCGGCAACACAAAAGAAUAUACUCGAUGAUCUGGAUAAGAGUAAUGCAAGUACGGACAUCGAUAGCCAGGAGCCAGGGCCAGGGCCAACUGCGACAGCGGCAACGACAGCAGCCAUCGUUCAGCCAGAUGUCUCGAUUUGCUUUUCCCAGCCAGAUGCUGGUGGUAUGUGUCUACCCAGUAGUGUGUUAGUCCCUGACCCAAGGGCCCACUACAAAUUAGAACAAAUUCUCGCUCAGCGCCAGGAUAUUAUCAUGGGACAGACCCCGGUGGUAUCAGCGAUGUCCGAUGCUCCAUCUGUAGAAAUAUUACCAACUUCCCAGAAGUACAAGAAUAAAAAAAUUCCUAUAGUGUCUCCGAAAGAUGGGUCUGAGUCGUCGUCUACGGUUUACUCAUCUCCCUGUUUUGAUACUCCAACGAAAUUAGGCCCAAGGACUACGGUCGGCGACAUUCAAAAGAAGCUCCACGAAAUGCAUCAGGAAGUGCUUGAAAAAAGUAAUCGAUACUGGACGCAAAAGGGAAAAGAAACUACGGAGAAUAUCGAUACAGUCGUUAAUGAGACGCUUUCGCAAAGCGCAUUGCCUGCCGAGCAAUAUCAGGAGGAAAGUGCGACAGUGGACUCCACAGGAUCGAUCACCCAAGAUUGUCAAGAGCCAAUUUCGAUGGUCGACCCAGGACACGAGCCCGUGGCUGACGCCGCGCCGAAGUCGUCAGAAAUACCUUCGGAAAUUCCCGCAGCUACAACACAUAUUAAAGACAGCUUAGGACAAGCUGCAUUUGGCAGCAGUGAAACAAGUUUUAAUGUUCAUAUAAACACACCAAAGUCGGAAGAAGUAGCUGCCGACCCUUCCACUACGGCCAGUGAAUCAACCCCGAUGCCUGUAUCAUCCGCUGAUCCAAAAACAGCUGCAACGGAUCCUAUUUUAAGCGAACAAGUUGAUAAGCAGCCCCCGAGCGUUAGCCAACCGUCAAUUCGCAAAGAUGCACUCCCGACAACCAAGAUUUCGAAUCUUCAUGAAAGCGAUCCAAAAACAGCUGCAAAAACGGAGCCUAUUUCAAGCGAAAAAGAUGCUGAGCCUUCGACUCGGCCAUCAAGCACAGAUGAAAUCCCAACCGAUGAGACUGAUCGUGCGAAAAUGCUACUCGUUGAAGAGACUUGCGUAUCGACAACAACAACAACGGCAAAAGCAACAAUUAAGGAAAUCGCAAAUGUUGAAAUCGAAAGCGCAACCGAAGAAUCGACGACUAGCACCACAGUGGCGGACGGUCCAAAUGCGGUGCCAGAGAAAGUGGGUGGUGAGCAGGAACAAGUCGCAACAGCGACGGCGACAGAGUCGGGAAUUUCCUCGUUAAUUAACUAUAACGAAGGUCAAUGGUCGCCGAAUAAUCCAGGCGGAAAAAAACAGUACGAUCGUGAGCAACUGCUGCAGCUGCGCGAGGCAAAGGCCUCGCGUGUACAGCCCGAGGUGAAGAAUGUAUCCAUUCUGCCACAUCCGAACCUAAUGCCAUUGUUUAUGCGAAACAACAACAACAACAACAAUAACAAUAAGCGUGUGCAAUCGAUGGUUGGAAUGAUUGGAGGCAAUCGAAACAGCGACUCGGGCAGCAAUUUUGCUGGUAAACAAGUCUCCAUGUCCGGUGUACAAGGCAGAAGCAGCAUGAAGGGAAUGAUCCAUGUGAAUCUAUCACUUAACCAAGAUGUCAAGCUGAAUGAAACCGAAAAUGCCUGGCGACCGCGACUUGCAACCAAACAGGACGGUGAGAACAGCUCUGAUAUCAGGACAACUCAAGAAAAGGACGAGCUUGUGCGGCGGGUACGUGGAAUUCUUAAUAAGCUAACGCCCGAGAGGUUCGAUACCCUGGUCGAGGAGAUAAUCAAGCUAAAGAUAGAUACACCAGACAAAAUGGACGAAGUGAUUGUUCUUGUUUUCGAAAAGGCCAUCGAUGAACCAAACUUCUCAGUUUCGUAUGCCAGACUGUGUCAUCGCCUCAUUAGCGAGGUAAAAGCGCGAGACGAGCGAAUGGAAAGUGGCACCAAAUCGAAUCUGCAACACUUUCGCAAUGCUCUGCUCGACAAAACUGAAAAGGAGUUUACGCAGAAUGUCUCGCAAGGUGCAGCCAAAGAGAAAAGGCUGCAGCCCUUCCUAGAGAAGAUUAAAAAGUGUACGGAUCCCAACGAAAAGGCUGAACUGGAAGCCCUUCUGGAAGAAGAGGAGCGAAAGAUACGCCGCCGAUCCGGCGGUACAGUGCGCUUCAUUGGCGAGCUCUUUAAAAUAUCUAUGUUGACUGGCAAAAUCAUUUACUCUUGCAUCGAUACACUGCUCAAUCCCCAUUCAGAAGACAUGCUGGAAUGCCUGUGCAAGCUCCUGACAACAGUGGGUGCAAAGUUUGAGCAGACGCCGGUCAAUGCCAAGGAUCCCGGUCGCUGUUAUUCACUUGAAAAGUCAAUCACCAGAAUGCAGGCAAUAGCUAGCAAAGGCGACAAGGAUGGCGCCAAAGUUAGUUCGCGCGUACGCUUCAUGCUCCAGGACGUUAUUGAUUUGCGUAAAAAUAAAUGGCAGACCUCGCGCAACGAGGCGCCCAAGACAAUGGGACAAAUUGAAAAGGAGGCUAAAAACGAGCAGUUAUCGGCACAAUAUAUUAACUACAGCGGCUCAUUAUCUUCGUCCAGCCCCAAUGGACCGCAAUCGGGUUCCGGUUCCGGUAAACGUGACGAACGCAGCAGCAGCUCUCGUUUCGGCGACUCGAGAUCAGCCGGCGGCUAUGGUGGCAGUCACAGUCAGCGCGGCGAUGGCGGCGCCAACAUGCGCCAUCAACAAUCGAACAGCGGCGGAGGCGGUGGCAGUGGCAGCGGCAACAAUAGCGGCGGCAACAACGCUCACUCCAAUGGAAACAAUGACGAUAAUACGUGGCACGUGCAGACCAGUAAAGGCAGCCGCUCGCAGGCUGUUGACAGCAACAAACUUGAGGGUUUGACAUUACAGCUCAAUCAGAAUUUGGAUACCAAAAAGAUGGGCGGAGUUAAUCAAUUUAUUUGGAAUAACAAUGCCAAUAGACAAUCCUCAACGCCAACGACAACGCCUUCCAAUUCAUUUGCCGCGCUCUCAUCGUUAAACGAUAAAAACAGCACCGACAGAGAUCGCGACAGAAGCGGGCCCAGGAACAAGGGCUCAUACAACAAAGGCUCUAUGGAGCGUGAUCGUUAUGGUGACCGAGGCAUGCACUCGCGAACUGGCUCGUCACAAGGCUCACGGGAGAACUCGUCGUCGCGCGUUGGCCAAAAUCAGCAAAGCCGCGGCAUGAUGAACUCUUCAAUGCAAAAAUCUGCUAGUCACUCAAAGUAUACUCAACAGGCGCCGCCGAGCCGGCCUUCCAACAAGGGUCUGGGUUCUGGUUCGUUAAGCAGCUCGGCCGGCAUAUACAGGGGGAGCGAUCAGCAGCCUUUAUCAAGUGCCUCAACCUCUGCUGUUUCUGCUUCUCAACCUACUAAGGGCGUUGCACCGCCAGCAAUGUUUAUUGAGCCAAGAGAAAGCGAUCUGAAGCUCUUCAAGUCCGUCGUGUCGGAAAUGAUCGAACUUGCGGCGGGUUCCAAUUCGGCCAGUCCAACGGUUGUCGAAUGCAUAAAGCGGAUAUCAGAGCCCCAACUGUGCGGCUUUUUGUUUUAUAUAUUAACUGAUUAUUUGCAUUUAUCGAAUGUGGGUAAACAAUACAGAAGAUGCCUGGCAAUCACAGUUGCCCAACUUAUGCAACAACAUUUCAUGUCUGUGGAUCACUUUAAACUUGCAUACAAGGAAUUUAGCGAGUGCGCUAACGAUUUAAUUGUUGAUAUUCCUGAGUUGUGGUUAUAUAUUCUUCAAUUUGCUGGCCCACUGAUAGUCAAGAAACACUUGACAGUGUCAGAUCUGUGGAAUGAAACUCUGAGAGACAACAGCGAACCGGGCAUGGGUAAAAAGUUCCUUAAAACCUACCUGACAUAUUGUACACGGGAAGUAGGACCUAACUUCACCCGCAACAUGUGGAAACAGUUUAACAUGCGAUGGUCAGAUUUUAUGCCCGACAACGAGGUUAUCGAUUUUAUUGAAUCGAAUAGAUUAGAGUAUGUGGAAAAUGAUUCGAAGGCGCCAGUGAUUGAAGAACGCGAGUCCCACGAAAAACACGUCAAAAAUGUGAUAGACCAUAUUGAGAACUUGCUUAAAGAAGGCGCAGCUGCAGAUUGCAUUAUAGAUUACAGCAAUGGCAAUAUUGUGGUCGCUGAUAAGCUGUUUAUUAGAGGGUUGACAAAAACUUUAAGCAAGUUUGCAAUCGUCUACAAGGAUAAUACCUAUAAGCUCGAGCCCGAAGUCUUUCAAAAGUGUUGCAUACCAGUUUUUCAGCGUUAUAUUGAUUCUAGUGAAGACCUUCAGCUUGAGUGCCUUUAUGGAGUACAGCUACUUGUCCAUAGCUUGGAGCAGCCUAGAGGGCUGUUGAGUGAACUUUUUGGUGAACUUUACGACGGCUUUAUAAUCCAGAAGGAGUCGCUGUACAAAUGGCGCGAUUCAAAGGAUCAGUCAGCUGGAAAAGGCGUGGCUGUAAAGAGUCUCAAUCCUUUUUUGAACUCAUUAUUCAAUGAUGAAGCCAAUUAAUGUAUCAAUAUGCUCGUAGAGUUGACAGACAUCGCGAGUUAGGGCAAAGCGAAAACAAAACUACAUAACUUAAUAAAAAAAAAAAAAACAAAUACACUUUGGAGAAAAAUAAUAUAUACUUUUAUAUGUAAUAAGAAAGUGUAAAAUUCGGGUGUUUGUAAUCAGAGAAAAUAUAUUCUUCUUCGCUGAUGAAACACGCGAGCUUAUGGUAAGAGUAUAUGCAAUAAUAAGCAAGUAUGUAAAUUAUUGUGUACGCAUGUACUAUAAAAUAAAGCAAACCUGAAGGAAAUUUAUAGUUAUAA